UAACUUUAACUUUAACUCGACUCCGGCGUAAACCUCACAAUCGACUAAAUCUAGGCCAGUAUAAGGAUUGCUUAGCUUACCAUGAGAUGGCAAAGUCAAGAAGAAGAUCUCUGAGAAUAUCGCUCACACCAUGUUCACUUGAUGUUUCGUCCGAUGAGGAAGACCUGAAUGAACUGUCUUUCUAUGAUGGCCCUCCCUGGCAUCCUCCAAAUGUCAUAUGUGAUCAGCUUAAUGAAUCAGGAAUCAGGAGCAACGGUAACCCUGUCCAACCAAGAAUUGUGGAAAAUGUAGUGAAGCUCCUUGAAGAGGAAUGUACUGUGCCUUUCAUUGCUCGCUAUCGGAAGGAACAGACAGGCAACAUGGAGGCAGCUGUUAUCAGAGAGAUCAAAUCAUCACUGGAAGAACUCAAGGUUGUCCAAGAGAAAACUAAGUCUCACCUGGGAAAACUUGGAAAGGAGAAGAAACUGACCAAGGAACUAAGAGAAUCCUUCUGCAAUUCACACAGCAUGAUAGAGCUUGAGCAACUGUUUGCUCCAUUCAAGGCUGGAAGUAAGACCACAUUGGCAGAGAGAGCAAGAAGAACUGGUUUGGAGCCCGCCGCAGAGAAGCUUCUAGGAGAGACAGCAGGUCUAUUCAACAUACAGAGCUUCAUCCAUCCAGACACAGAAGGUUGUAGGACAGCUGCUGAGGUGGAGAAGGGAGUGCAGCAUAUCAUAGCAGAGGUAGUGUCUAAGGAUAAGACAACAGUAGACUAUCUCAGAUCUUGUGUGAAAGAUAUGAAAGAUCAGAUCUUCCUGAGUGUAAGCAAGGCUGGGCAGGCCAGGAAGAAGACUAAAAAGGAACAGCAAGUGGACUAUGAGAAAUUCCAAACUUAUUUUGAUGGAAAGUUUUCCAUCAACACAAUCAAACCACACCAGGUGUUGGCGAUAAAUAGAGGUGAAGAGUUUAAAGCACUAACUGUUAAAGUCACUCUACCUGAUAGGCUUACAAAGCAGUUCAUCAACUGGUGUAAAGCAAAAUGGUGCUCCCAUACACAACCCAACUCCUACUCCAGUAAAAUCAUGUGUAUGGCAGUAGACGAUGCAUAUAAUCGCCUCAUGUCACCCAUGAUCCUCAGAGAGAUAAGGUCCACAUUGAAUAAGACAGCAGAGAAGGCAUCCAUAGAAGUGUUCACCCAAAAUCUUCAUCGUCUCCUCCUAACACCCCCGGUCAAAGGUCGGGUCAUCCUGGGCGUUGACCCUGGAUUCAAGAAUGGCUGCAAGCUAGCCAUGAUAUCAGCCACAGGGGAGAUCUUAACAACUAGUGUGAGCUUAAUGCAUACAGGCAACAAAUACUAUGAGAGAAACAAAAUGAUUGACCUCAUCCAGACAUUCAAGUGUGAAACCAUUGGUAUAGGCAAUGGAACAGCAUGUCGUGAAACUGAGGAGUUCUUUUCAGAGGUCAUCAGGUCUGGUUCAUUACAACCACUUCAUGUCCAAUAUUGCAUUGUGAAUGAAGAUGGGGCUUCAAUCUACAGUGUGUCACCUGAAGCUGAGAAAGAGAUGCCAAACUUAGAUCCAAACAUUAGGAGUGCAGUAUCAAUUGCUAGAAGACUUCAGGACCCUCUAGCUGAACUUGUCAAGAUUGACCCCAAACACAUUGGUGUUGGCAUGUACCAGCAUGAUGUACCAGAAAGAUUACUGAAGGCAGCAUUAGGAGAUGUGGUAGAGGAAAGUGUCAGUUUUGUUGGAGUGGAUCUCAAUAUAUGUUCGGAAGUUCUGCUCAAAUGGGUAUCAGGCAUAUCUGCAUGUCUUGCUAAGAAGAUAAUAUCUCAUCGUCAGAGGUUUGGAGCAUUCAUCAAUCGUCAGAUGCUGCUAGAUGUGAAAGGCCUAGGACCAAAGACCUUCAAACAGUGUGCUGGGUUUGUGAGAAUCAAUCCCACUGGUGGUGCUGAGGAUACAAACUUAGAUGAAGUAAUAGUCAUAUCGACUAGUGAAGAUGAAGUGGAUGUGAAACCAUUAAAAAGAAAACGAGCCAAGACUACUGCAGGUCCAUCUAAGAGAAGAAAGAAAUCCGAUGAACAAGAACCUCUUGAUUCUACAUGGAUACAUCCAGAAGCGUAUGAAGAAACAAGGCAGCUGUUGAAGAUGGCCUUUGCGAGUGGCAGAGAUAUUGGCAGUGAAAGCAUCAGGGGUAAACUGGACAAUCUGAUUAAGUCAAGAGGUAAUGCUUCCCUAGCAGGAAGCAUCGGGGUAGGUGAGCCCACGUUAGACUUGAUCAUCAAUGGACUCAAACAACCAACAAACUAUGACAUUCGAGUUGAAUUUGAUAAGCCACUCUUCAAGCAGAACAUCAUGUCCAUAGAUCAGAUCAUCCCAGGUAUGCAACUCACUGGACGCGUGACCAAUGCAGUACACUUUGGCGUGUUUGUGGACAUUGGUGUAAAAGACAAAGGCUUGUGCCAUAGGAGUCACAUGUUACAUCAUAUCUUGAAGGGGAAGGUGUUAGGACCGGGAGAUAAAGUAGAGGUGGUGGUGAUAAGCAAGAGGCUGACAGAUAGCGGAAAGUGGAAUUUUAGCUUGAGGCUUGUAGGUGUAAGCUGAAGGGCUUUUUCUGUCUGCCUUUGUGUGUAUGUGUGUCUGUCUGUCUCUCUGUCACUGUCUGUCAUAAUCUGUUUUUCUGUCCCUAUUUGUUUCUCUUUUUAUCAGUUGCUAUCUCUUAUUUUGACUCCUCUGACUCAUUUGUUUUUGUUGUUGUUGAGUCAAGUAGAGAUAUAUAUCAGAGUUAUUACUAGAAUAGUACCUCUCUGGAAGGUCCAAAUUUACCCCCCCCC